GAAUGGUAGUUAUUCUGGAGAGGGAUAUUGAAGAGGUGUAGAAGUUACUGCCACUUUAAAUCCACCUGUUGGGAGACACCGCCUGCGCCUUUUGUGGAGUGGAUCUAUAGGUUAAUCGUGUUUUGAGGGGAGCGCUUAUUACCUGUUAUGUCGCCUGGAGAGAGUUGCUGAGCUCGUGUUUAAAAUCUCUCGUGGCGCCACUUUGUCGUGUCGCAGAAUGGAUUACCUGUGUCUGUCAGCUACAGUCCGCGUCUCCGGACUGCCCUAGAGUACUGUACAGCGUCUUGUGGAUCGCAUCGCAUCUACUUCGGGGAUAUUAUCGUGACCGAUGUGUUUUGAGAAGAUAGCCAUUUCCUCCUUUUUCUAUGUCCCUAUUUACACACACCGCGCUUUCUUCGAAUAUUGCCAUUAUGCCGAAGCUUAUUAUGGGAGCCGUCUGGUUUUGAAACACGGCGUUUAAAGAGUGAAACUUGCGCACCCUUCGCUGGAGACGAUCUGCAACAAAUUGUUGCAAACGUUUAGAAGACGAUGCUCGAUUUGUCUAUUGUCGGUGUUGCGCCCUAAUUUCCAGUUUUCCCUCUGAAUCAUCUCUGGGAAAAUUUCCACGGGUUAAUUUAAAUGAUGUUUACUUUUGCUGCCUUCUGCUACAUGCUCUCGUUGGUUCUCUGCGCCUCGUUGAUCUUCUUUGCAAUUUGGCACAUAACGGCCUUCGAUGAGCUCCAAGCGGAUUUCAAGGUCCCGAUCGAUCAGGGCAAUCCACUUCACGCGCGGGAGAGGCUCAGGAACAUCGAGCGGAUCUGCUUCCUCCUGCGAAAGCUGGUGCUUCCGGAAUAUUCCAUCCACGGCCUCUUCUGCAUUAUGUUCCUGUGCGCUCAGGAGUGGCUGACUGUGGGCCUCAAUGUCCCACUCCUCUUCUACAACACGUGGAGGUACUUCCAUAGCCCCACGGACACGCCCGAGCUCCUCUACGACCCCGCCUCCGUGAUGAACGGCGACACGCUCAAGUUCUGCCAGAAAGAGGCCUGGUGCAAAAUGGCGUUCUUCGUCCUCUCCUUCUUCUACUAUCUCUACUGGUGUGUGGUUUGUACCACUUUCCCCAUGUCCCCGAGCACAGUAUGAACUAUAUUAAUCGUCGUUCGGUUAUUAACGUGUGAGGAAUAAUGGUGACAGAAUCUCUCGUUGUUGUCGUUCUGUCCUCCGCAAUUGUGCAUAUGUAAAAAUGCAGGGUUGGUUUUAUUUUCAUUUGUUUAUUUUAUUUUGUUGUUUUUAAUUUAAAAAACAAAGUACGUUUUUGUUGGCUGUCGGAUGGUUUGUGCCAUCCGAGCCACUGUUCUAGCGGUGGGUUGGCCCCGUUGCCUGGCACCGGAUUCAGACUGAUGUAAAAUGAAGUAGAUUUAGCAAAGAAAGGGCUUGAAGCUUUGAUCUUCAUUUCUCUGCAUUGUUUGUUAUCUAAUACCUAAAAACAUUCUUAUGAUCAAUAAGUCUAAAUUUAUGAAGAUCAAGAGCAGGGAGAUGGUCCUUUCAGAAAGACCCUGGUUUUUUGGUGGCCUCUCAACGUGGUCAUUUGUUUUAAUUUUUUUUUUUGUUACCCCCCCCCCCCCCCCCACCCCCUUUCUGAACAGCGGUUGUGAAUAUGGUGUUACUUCCCUUUAUUAUAGCGUGUACUGGACCUGACCUGAGAUUUCACGCCUCAUUGGUCGUAGUGAGUUUGACCCCCCCACCCAUACUGUUCCUACUUAACAGCACUCCUGUUUUUUGGAAACACAGCCUGAUGCCAUGCUGUCCCUUUAGGAACUGGUGGAUGUAGCACACAACCCAAGGAACCCACAAACAGUGCCCCCCCCCCUUCCCACAGGUCCCAAACAGCUGGUGUUUUUGCAACAGGAAAUCUUGUCGAUACGGCGGCUGCAGCCCAGUUCAGCAAAAUGGCAGCCAUUUAUAAUUCAGCAGUGCUGCCCUGCUUGCUUAUAUUAGUCCCUUUCAUGUCAAUUGGUAUUUUCACCAUUAUGCAUGACAGCCUUACCCUCGCCUACCCCAUUUACAUACACAUGCACACACAUACCUAACCCUCAGCCCUCCACCCUCUACACGCGCAUGCCCACACACACACGCACAUGAACACAAACACACACAUACAAACAUGCAGGCAUGCACACACACACAUAUACACGCACACACACACACACACACAUAUACACGUGCACACACACACACACACAUGCACGCACACACACACACACACACACGUGCACACGCACACACACACACACAUGCACACACAUUAAUGUUCCUCAGCAUGCCCCAGUAACCCACACAUAUUAUAACUAACAACUGUGUGGCAUCUGCCGCCAAGCACACUUCCCCUCGCAGAUCAAUGAAAAAUUGAAGAUUGAGCGAGGCAGGAGGUCCGCACCCAGGCAGCAACCGGCAGCCACAGCUCAUUAGCCGAACCCCCUGCUUAAAUCUAAUGAAACGCAGCUGACGGGGGCCGCCCUGGCGAGACGGGGGACGGGGGGGAUGGGGGGGGGAGAAAGCUGAAAAUAAAAACUUCUGCUACGCGGGGUCGCUCUUCGAAAAGGGCAGGGCUGUGGCUUUUCGAACCCCGAGCCGGUAGACGCAGAUCCCAAACGCGACGCUCGCCGUUGCCACGGCGGCCCCCUGAUGUUCGCGCCCGCGCUGGGUGUAAAAUGGAGGCUGUGCCUUGGCGGAGUCGCCCUUUAGAAAAGGCCGCCGCUGCUAAGCAAAUUUAAAUAAGUAAUGAGGUCUGUAAUGUGCUGGGAGACAGCGGCUGUGCGCGCGCACACACCGCAUCGCUCCUUAAAGUUCUCGCUCGCUAACGGCGUCUCCUCGCACGCCAAGGCCGCGGCCGGUUUGCCGCGUCAGCCCGUUCUCUCGUUUUUACGAACGCGGUAAACGCGGUUCGUAAAAAAAAAAACCGCGUCUGAUUUUUUUUUUUCGCACACGCGGCAAAUUUUCCUGUAUUCCAUAAGACCCGGCGGUCGCGUAAAUCGCAAGAUUUUUUUUUUCAAACGCAAGGUUAUUAGUGAUUCAAACUGAAAUACGGCAGUUGGAGUGUCAUCGAUGCCAUUUCCUUGAGGUAACCUCGACAUCCCUGUUUUAUGUGGGUGUGGCAUUGGCCGCAUCAGGAGAAAUUGCGUUCCUUUCGACCUUGCGCGCACACACGCAGUCCACUCUGUGUGAUCCACAGGGCUGAAAAAAAUUGUCAUGUUUAAUCUCUCCAUCAUCCGGUUCAGUCCCCACCCUCCCCCAACCCCACACUUGCUGAAGGAGGCAGGCAAAUACUGCGCAUUAAUAACUUUAAUCUAGUGACAAAGUGUUCCUGGCACCAGAUGCUGUAUUGGAGGGAGGCUGGCUAAUUAACUUGCACCUCUGUUGGGUGAGAGAGUCCUUCCGGCUCGUUGGCACCUCCGCAUGGGCAGGCGCUGGUUUGGGUUUUUUUUCUUUUUUUUUUUUUUUUGGGUUUUUUUUUUUCCUCCUGUCAAAAUUCUGGAAGCAGGGAAGAAGUUCUUCUUUCAGUCAUGGCUGUUCAGCUAACGAGAUGGGUGAAUACACUGCUCCAGCAUAGUCGUGUCCCCAGUGAAUUUCUACUCUUCAAACAUUGACCAAACAUUGAUAUUUUUAUCCUUUAUCUCUUUCAUGAAUAUACUCCACUGUGUUUUUGUUUUUAUUCAAAGCCUUUUUUGUUAGUUUUCUGGGGGGUUUUGCAGUGCAUACAAACAGUGACAGCUCCAUAUGUGGACAAAAUGUUUUACUUUAUGUUUUUUUACUUAAAGCAAUCAGAAAUAACCUUUAACACUGAGAAGCAUUCAGCACUGGCCACCAUCAACCAUCAAAACAUUUGAACCCCAGAGGAAGCAUGAAUCAGUCCUGUGUUGCUUGAUUUCUGCAUUUUUCUUAAUGAACCGCAUAUUUUCAGGAGUGGUUUUGGUGUCCAGAACUGAGCGUGUGUCGAAUGUUCAUGCGAGUGGGUACCCGUAUACUUACAGCUGCUCUUUGUUUUUUUGUUUUUUGUUUUUCUCUCUCUCCUAGUUUGAUCUACUCUUUAGUAGCUUGGUAACGCGUAGCAUCUGCGUCAGAGCUCUCGCCGUGAGAGAGAGCCCUCCCUGGGAUGUUGGGUAAACUCAAGUCGGGUUUUUUGCACUUGGAUUCUGGAGAACCAAUUUGGAGCAAAAAGAGCACUUUUCAGGCUGCAAGCAAUUUUCACCCGGAGGGUCGGGGGUGGGCGGGGUGAAGGAGGAAGGGGGGGGAGAGGGUGGGGGGGGGGGAUGUGUGUUUGUCAGUCUGGAGAGGCAGCAUUUUUACAGUGGGUUCCUGUCUUCUCAACAUACGUUAAAGGAAAUGUCAGCGUUUACAGUUCUCGGUCAAAGGCACAGUCGUGUACGUGCGUCAGAGCGACUACCUACAGUAUGUCUGUCUGUCUGUCUCUCCUAGGCCAAUGUUUGUAAUAUCAGCUCCCCACCGCCACCCCCCCCCCCCCCUUUUUACCCCCACCACCCUGUUCAGGAGCCAAGCGUUUGUUGCAAUUGUCAUUUUGCACAGUUUUUUCGUCUCAGGCACAGCGAAGUACACUAGUCUGGAUGUAGCCCUCUCACGUACUACUGGUAGUUUCAAUUGGUGUCGUGCAAAAAAAUAUUUAUACAUAAGCAGGAAAUGGAGACCAGGUCAAGGUAGCAAACAGGGUCAUCGAAUGUUGCAUUUUUAUCCGAGGCAUACCUGGCCUGUAUGUUCAUACACACCUGAGCUUUUGUGAUAUGUCCAUUUGUGUAUUCGGAACAAAAUUAUUAUUAUUAUUAUCAUUAUUUUGUUUGUUUGUUUUAAUUUUAAUUGAAAUGUCAUCUAUGAAGCAUUACUGUAUUGAUAUGGAAGCUGUGUGAUAAUACCUUGUCAUUGUGCUGUUAUUCGGUGACUUAUUUAAGAAGUGCUUAAUAGAUACAAACUGCAAUUAUAAAGCUUUUUUUUUUAUUUAAAAAACAUACUCCUGUAGCCUAAUUCUAGAAACUUUUGAGGUAUCACAAGUAUACAAAAUGACUUUGCACAAUAGUUACUAUGGUUUUGCACAAUAUUUGUAUACCCUGACAGAGUGGAGGUCUUCCAGUACACCCAAAAAUGCAAGUCGCCAUUUUAUGUAAUGAUGGAUACAAAAUUAGCCGCAUAAUUUCCACAUUGUUAUCUUUGAACACAGACCAAAUCCAUAAUUAUUUAUAAGUUACAUUUAUCUGUAUUUAUUUGAUUGGUUGUUGUUGCCUACUUACCUACGACUGCAGGCAGUUUCUGUUAUAGGCUGCAAGUGUUAAUAGAAAAGUGAAACUUUCUUGGUAAUUCAUCUAUUGAAAAAGUAUUGAAUUAUUUAAAACUACUUUCGAAUCAAAAGUGUUUUUGUAAAUGUUUCGCAGUGUUUCUGAAAAGAGACACAGACACAGAUGGAAACUUGGAGCUUUCAUUUUUUUGUUUCCCCAUCAGUGUUUUUCAAUCACAGUUGUUGCCAAAAACACCGUCUGAAAACAAGUUUCUGCAAACAGCGAAGCAUGCAACACAAUGACAUUUCUGUUUUUAGGUUCUUUCAUGAGAUCCUGUGUACUUGCAUAGUUUUUGAUUUCUGUUGCAUCAGAGUUGUUCCUCUGACUUUUACAGGGGAAGACAAAAAGAAGCUCACUGUUGUUGUUUGAUCUUGUUUAGACAUUUUAUAUCUUUGCCGUGUGUACGUAUCCACCCAUGGUUAAUUUAGAUAUUAUUAAAUAAAGUAUUGGUUAUUUUAAAAACUUCCCUCUGG